UGUGUGCAGGAAUCAGAUCAAUCCCUAAAAAGUCCAGAGAAUGUGAACAUUGGACGUGCCCUGUAAACUGAAACAUCACAGCGUAGGUUUAGUCGCUCGAUAUUGCUAUCACAGUGCAGGUCUAAGCUACUCGAUAUCGCUUUUCCUUGAAGAAAUCAUUUCAAGAUGAAUUCGUUCGCCUCGGAGUUUCUUAACUACAACAUUCCCCUGGACAGCGAUUUGACGUCCUCAGAGUUGUCCUUCGCGAGCUCAGCAUGCAGUUUCAGCUCUGCUGCAAGUGGUGCAUCUAGCAUCCAAUCGUCCCUCGGCAAUGGCUUUGGAGAUCUUUCCCUUGGACCUGCUGCUCCCACCACAUCCAUUGCAAGGCAAUUGAAAGUAGAUGCGUUGCGUCGACAAAUUUCCGUGGAGGAGACAUUCGCUAGACCUCCAGCGUUCAUUCAGCCUCAGCCAUGUGGGUAUGCACCCGCUUUGGACAACGGCAGCCUGGCCACUCGACCAGUGUUUUUGCCUCAGGGACCCCCUACUAUGAACGUAGCUGAUGCUUGGUCUAGUACUGCAGUGGCCACGUAUGCUCCUACCUACCCACCAACCUGCGCUGACCAGCAGCCUCAGCAGCAGCAGCCUCAGCAGCAAAACUGUUCCUUUGCUCCUCAGUUUGUGCCAUGUGGACCACCGACCCAGCUGAGCAUGGAUACACCUUGUGGACCACCAGUCAGCCAGCAGUUGAACGGAAUGUCCGAGUUCACUGCAAGAUAUCCACCGCUGGCUGACACUCCAUGCAGUGCACCGACUGCAUCACUGACAGCAAUGCAGCCUCUACAACUUCAGAGUAUGAAUGACCUGAUCAACACUCCACCUAUGGAGCAGCAACAGCAGUCAACAAUCCUUGCUGGAGCCAGUUCUACAUCCAACAUGUCGCUGGGACAGGCUGGGCCAAAUGAAGACCCAUCAUGCAAAUCAAUGAGCAAUGCUGAUGGAGAUGAAAGUGAUUCUGAUUCUGACACAUCUCCAAUGAUGCCUACCUGCCGUUAUCACCCGCGGCUGCGCAAGACUCGUCUGAGGCCCGAAAACUCGCUGCUGACUGGCAAGCGUAAAUACCGCUGUGAAAUGUGCACGAUGACUCUUGAAGCAUGGGUGACUAACAACGGCACGAAUCCCGACGCUCCUAGCAAAACCGAGCUGCUGGCGGUGGUUGGAAUGACUCGCAAGCAGCUCAACUACUGGUUUGCCAACCGCCGGCGAAUGGAGCGGCAGGCGGCCAAAGAUCCAAACCGAGCGAAGCGCGCCAACACACUGCAACGCUGUUCUUCGGAUGCGAUGACGUUCGAUGGCCCAAGUCCGGGCAUGAUGCCUAACUGGCAGGGCUACAGCGGUCCGCCACAGCAGUAUCUCGAUGUAAGCGCUAUGGACUUCUAGCUUGGAAGAACUGAACACAAUCCUCACUGACCACUGUGCCGACACGUUCCCCUGAUAAUCCAGCCAUGAACAUGUACACUAUAAUAGAUACGAUAGUGAGUCUUUACUCAUCACUUAACCUUACACUGUGAUCAACCUCCGGGUUCUUGAUAUUUGUUAACUUGAACGACCUGCUGCUGAUUCUGCGUUGCCAAAAUUAAUGCCUUCCUUAUGCAUGUGUGUGCUGAACAUAUAACGUUACUGCAACAAACUGAUCUUGAGUGCUGUCUACCCUGCCUUGUGUAUAUGGAUAUACAGACACAAGUGCAGGUGUUGAA